AUGACGGCAGACAACAAGGUCUCGGCCCCAGGCUACGAGGGCAUCCCGCCAUCUCGGUCGAGGACACCAGCUCUCGUUGAGCGCAAGAAGAUUCCUGCUAGCCUCGAAAACACCCCCGCUAAAGGCGUCCCCUUCUUCACCCCCGAACAGUCGCCGCCUGCCGGCACCGCGCUCAAGGCCGCCAACGGCGAGAUCCCCAAGCUUUUCACACCGCUCAAGAUCCGUGGCGUCGAGCUGCCGAACCGCAUCUGGUUGAGCCCGAUGUGCCAGUACAGCGCGCACGAGGGCUUUCACACCCUUUGGCACACUACCCACUACGGCGGAAUCGUCCAGCGAGGCCCUGGAUUCAGCAUGAUUGAGGCUACUGCCGUCCAGGCAAAUGGCCGCAUCACCCCGGAGGACUCGGGCAUCUGGCUAGACGCUCACGUCGACAAGCUCAAGGAGCACGUUGACUUUGCCCACAGUCAGAACCAGCUUAUUUCGAUUCAGCUCGGGCACGCUGGCCGCAAAGCUUCGACCGUCGCCCCGUGGCUCCCGCAGGCCAUCGCGACCGAGGACGUCAAUGGCUGGCCCAACGACGUCGUCGGGCCGUCCGAUGUCCCCUUCGGCAAGGACUUCCCCACGCCGCGGGCGCUGACUCUCGACGAGAUCGCCGAGGUCAAGAGGGACUUUGCCGCCGCCGUCAAGCGGGCGCUGCACGCCGGUUUCGACAUAAUCGAGCUGCACUUUGCCCACGGCUACCUUGUCUCGAGCUUCCUGUCGCCGACGAGCAACAAGCGCACGGAUAAGUACGGCGGCAGCUUUGAGAACCGCACGCGCCUGGCGCUCGAGCUCGUCGAGGAGACGCGCGCCAUUCUGCCCGAGGGCACGCCGUUGGCUGUGCGCUUCAGCGCGACCGAGUGGCUGGACACGAACCCCGAGUUCGAGGGCGAGAGCUGGACGAUCAAGGAGAGCAUCGAGUUCGCCAAGCUGUUGGCUGAUCGGGGCGUCGACAUUCUCGACAUUUCUAGCGGUGGCAACAACGCGGCGCAGAAGGUCAAGGGCGGGCCGGGAUACCAGGCUGGCUUCGCCAAGGCGAUCAAGAAAGCGGUCGGCGACAAAGCAUUUGUGAGCACCGUCGGCAGCAUCAAGACGGGUACGCUCGCGGAGGAGCUCAUCUCGGGAGGCAAGGAUGAGGACGACACGCCGCUGGACCUCGUCGCCGUGGGCAGGAUGUUCCAGAAGAAUCCGGGCCUUGUCUGGGCAUGGGCCGACGAGCUUGAGACGUCGAUCCAGGUGGCGCACCAGAUCGGCUGGGGAUUUGGUGGAAGGGCAGCCGUCAAGAAGGAGUCGGCCAAGAUUAACAUCCCGUAA